UCAGGAACUGCAGUCAGAGACUUCCCCUGCUACUUACCCGGAAAGAACAUUAGGAAUGCCUUUCAGUGCCUUGCUUCCUGAACUAGCUCCCAGUAGCCAGGCGGCCUAGGGCAAUCCGACCACAUUUCACUCUCACAGCUGCGGGAAUCCAGAUGCAGGCCAAGUACAGCAGCACGAGGGACAUGCUGGAUGAUGAUGAGGACACCACCAUGAGCCUGUAUUCUCAAGCCUCUGCCACAACCCGGCAGCCGGAGCCCCGGUGCACAGGGCACAGGGCUCCCUCUUCAGCAUGGCGACCAGUGGCCCUGAUCCUGCUGACUUUGUGCUUGGUGCUGCUGAUAGGGCUGGCAGCCCUGGGGCUUUUGUUUUUUCAGUACUACCAGCUCUCCAAUACGCAUCAAGACACCAUUUCCCAUAUGGAAGAAAGAUUCGGAAAUAUCUCCCAACAGUUUCAAUCUCUUCAAGUCCAGAACACGAAGCUUACAGAAAGUCUGCAGCAUGUGGCUGAAAAACUCUGUCGUGAGCUCUAUAACAAAGCUGGAGCACACAGGUGCAGCCCUUGUCCAGAGCAAUGGAAGUGGCAUGGAGACAAUUGCUACCAGUUCUAUAAAGACAGCAAAAGUUGGGAGGACUGUAAAUAUUUCUGCCGUAGUGAGAACUCUACCAUGCUGAAGAUAGACACAAAAGAAGAGCUGGAGUUUGCCAUGUCUCAGAGCUACUCUGAGUUUUUCUACUUUUACUGGAUAGGGCUCUUCCGCCCUGGCGGUGGCAAGGUCUGGCUGUGGAUGGAUGGAACCCCGUACACUUCUGAACUGUUCCAUGUUAUGAUAGAUGUCACCAGCCCGAGAAGCAGAGACUGUGUGGCCAUCCUUAAUAAGAUGAUCUUCUCAAAGGACUGCCAAGAAUUGAAGCGGUGUGUGUGUGAGAGGAGGGCAGCAAUGGUGAAGCCAGAGAGCCUCCAUUUCCUCCCUGAAACAUCAGGUGAAGGUGACUGACUCCCCAGCUGCAACUACAAACAGCAGAGUGAGCCAGGCAAUGCCAAUGCAAGGGCUACUUGAGACGUGGGGAAAUGGAACAUAAUCAGGCAAGAAUAUUUCUCUGACUAGUACAAGAUGGGUUCUCAUGUUUCCUGCUCAGGAUCACCAGCAUUUCCGAGCUUGGGUCCAUGCACAUAUUUAACAGUCACAAGAAGUCUUACUUACAUGCCACCAACAACCUCAGAAACCCAUAAUGUCAUCUACCUUCUUGGUUUAGAGACAACUUUUAGCUUUCUUUCUUCUCAACGUCGAAUAUCACCUCCUUGUUUCCAUGUCUUCCUUAUACUUGGAGGAGUGAGAAACUUUUUGAAGCAGAGGAAAUACACGGAAUUAACAUCCUUUUUCCUGACAGUCAAGUUGUCCGUGAGAAAUAAGCAGUCACUCCCCAGAUUGUACCACCGAAUACACAAGAAAUUCUUCAUGUUUGUUUCAGUUCAUACCAGUCCCUUCUUAAUCUCUCAGUAAAGACCCCAUUUGCUUUCUCUAUGGCCUGCUUCUGAACAGUAGUGUCUAUUGUUAUGAGAAUGUCAGUGUCUUAUAAACAUUCCUCCCUGGGUCCAUUAAGACCCUGAUAGUUGUCUCUCUUCCAUAUGAAUUUCUCCCAGGAAAGAAAUAUAUCCCCCUCUCAUUUCCGUAUCAGAAUUACUGUCCCCAAUGUUCCCUUCAAAGAGAUUAAAGACUAGAAAAAAGUCAGUCUCUUCAUCUGCACCUGUAAUACUUUGAUUUCAGUUCCUAUUUUCUUCCAUUGACCAUAUUUAUACCUUUGAGGUACUGAAGACUUAAUAAUAAUAAUAAAUGUAAAUACUGUGAAGUGUGUGAUUUUACAAUGGACUUAUGAUUUGUGGGGAAAUUCAGCAUGAAAAUGCUUUUCAAAAUAUGAUAGCAAUUAUUAUUUUGAUUGGACGUCUUACUGAGAGUUUUUGGGGACUCUACAAGAGUACUGAUUAUGUGAUUAUUUGGGGAAAUAAGCCAUCUUUGAAAUACAUGUUGUCUUCGAGAGAAUGGUUUUAACACUUUCCUAAAAUGAAAUCUUUUGAGGAGAGCUUAUGGCAUUAACACAUGGUUGAUGAGUAAGCCGAGCUGCAUUAGUGCACAUGAUUUCCAGUCAGGUCAUGGGACAUGAACAGAGGCGGUAACAUCUUUGCAGCUACUCCUUUGCGAGGCAUUUCUUUCUUGAGAUGACUCCAUGCACAAAUGGAGCAGGGAUCAUUGUGAGAGACAUCAUUGCAACCACCAAGUUUACUGGUUUAUUUAUAAAUCAAUUUUGGGGGUUUAAUGCUAGAAAAUAUAACAUUAUAAAUCUUUGUUUUUCAACAGUGGAAAUUGAAGUACUUCAGUUGUGUUUUUCAUAAACAUCUAUCUCAUGGUAAAACGACAGACAGGAGCAAUCAUAUGAUAGAAAGAACACACUGGUGCUCAUUUUCAUAAACUUCCUUUUGUAAGAUUGUCACUUAGCAAAGACUAUUGCAAAUUCUUCCUUGAGAACUUUCCUUUCAAUUUUCUGUUGAUUUCCUUAAACUUUUCUUUAGGGUUGAGCAGGUUCUGUUGAUACAUUGUGUCAUGCAAAGAAAACUGUAUUUGUGGUCAGAAAAUGAAGACUUUAGACUUCUUAUUCUGAUGUACUUAUUAGGCAAGUCGCUUUACUUCAUGAAGUCUGUCUCGCUGCAUAUGAAGUAGAAACAGUUAUAACUUCCUCAUAAUGUUACUGUUAGCUGAAAUGAGGUGAAAUCCAUUUCAUAAUGUAAAUUGCAAUAUAAAAUGUCAGGGAGCUCACGAAAGUAUUUCUAAAAGGACUCUAGUGAUUUAUUUUUAAAUAUGGGGGGCACACACAUGGCUGAACAAUGUUAAAAAGAAAAAACUUCAAGUGAAUUAAAUUAAAAGUUUAAUUGAGCAAUGAACCAUUUACAAAUCGGGCAGCCACAGUAGAGUCAGAGUCACAGUAGACUCAAAGGCUCCAGAGCAGCCAUGUGGUGGAAGAAGAGCUAUGGACAGAAAAAGGAAAAUAUAGUAUAGAAAACAGAAGUGAGGUGCAGAAAAAACCGGAUUGGUUUCAGCUCGGCACUUGCCUUAUUUGAACACAGUUCAAACAGUUGGCUACAUUUGAUUGGCCAAAACACAGUGAUUGGCACAAGUGUAGGCUGGGGUCUGUUUAUACCUCAACUUUUUUAGAGUUCACAUGAUGUACAGAGAAACCUUGAGGCUGAUCUUAAAAUAUGCAAGAAGGCAGUGUUAGGCUAAACUUGAUUUAUUAAUAACAACAGACUUCUUUGGAGAUUUUUAUGAACAAAUUGUAGAAGGGCACGUAUACUGGGGAGCUAAGGACAUUAUUUGCAAAUAUUUUCUAUGAUGAGUGCAGACAUUCAGUGAAAGUAGUUUAUAUAAUAGGUACAUAACAAGAAAUGAGAAGUAAGCCUGCAGUUAAGUAAUUGGUAUGUAAGUCUUGUGGCUACAGAAAGAAAAUAUGGCUGAUAGGAGAAAUGUGGAUUAACUGUAAAACAGAAACAUGCACUCAUUUAAGUUUUGACUCCUAGCAUCCUAUGUAGCUGCAGUCUAGCUCAGGGAUGGAUGGCAAGCCUCUUUUUAAGUGCUUGAUUUGAAGAGUCCAGCCGCCUGCAGAGUGAGUGUUGAAUGGCAUUCUCAUUCCAAGUCUGGGACUAAGGGAUAGUCACUUUAGAUAGUGAGGAGGAAAAAAUAACAUACAUUUGACAUACUUCAGCUCCUUCCUUGAGCUUAUUCUUUUCCUUCUUUCCUCUCAAUACCUUCAUCUUCAUAGAAAAAUUCACAAUAUUGAUCACAAUAUGAACAAACAUUUUAAAACAAGAGAAAAAGUGUAUAGCAUAACAUUCUUACUACACGCUUUUGAAAAAUAGGUAUUAAGAAUAGGAAAUAAUGAUAAAAUGAAUUUUAAAAUCUGAUUUGCUAAAAACAAUUCCAGUUGAGAAUCAGAGAUGGGCAGUAUAUGAAUUGGUUUUCUGCAUGAGAUUUAUUUUCUCUUGUAGGUUCUUGUUUAUGUAACUCUGAAGAAAUUGCAGGAACAGUCAAAUGAGGAGCCCAGCCUUUCCUGGUAGAGCUGAGAUCCCCAGGGUACACAAUAAGCCCUUUCCUUUCCAGAGGAUAUUGAACCUGCUCUCAGGGUUUAUCAA